AUGAACGGCACCAGUCCAGCAACCCGCUCCAAACGGAAGCUCGAGAUCUUCUCAGAUGAGGAACGUCCUCAAAAGCAGCUCCGCCCCAUCAAUGGCAAGAUUUCGCCAGGCGACAAUACACCCGAAAUCCAUACGAUAGGAAGGUCUCUGGAGGCCGCGGAAGACGACUAUGACCACGACUUGGCCGCUUUCUACCAGCCCCAGCCAGCCGAUACUGCGGAGUGGCAAGCGACGGUGGAAAAGGUUAUAAGCAAUGUUGUUUCAAUUCGCUUCUGUCAGACGUGUGCCUUCGAUACAGACCCUGCGUUGACCAGCGAGGCGACGGGCUUUGUCGUAGAUGCCGACCAAGGAUACAUCUUGACAAACCGGCACGUCGUCGGCUCGGGCCCCUUCUGGGGCUACGUCGUAUUCGAUAACCACGAGGAGGUCGACUGCUUCCCAGUGUACCGAGACCCUGUUCACGACUUCGGCAUUCUUCGUUUCGACCCCAAAGCCAUCAAAUAUAUGCCAGUUUCUGCGCUGACACUCCGUCCCGACUUAGCCAAAGUCGGUAUUGAAAUCAGGGUUGUCGGAAACGAUGCUGGUGAAAAAUUGAGUAUUCUCUCGGGCGUUAUAAGCCGUCUCGAUCGAAACGCACCUGAAUAUGGUGAGGGAUACAGUGACUUCAAUACCUGCUACUAUCAAGCGAAUGCCGCUGCUAGUGGAGGAUCCUCUGGAAGUCCGGUUGUCAACAUUGACGGGUUUGCCAUUGCCCUUCAGGCCGGCGGAAGAUCCGACGGCGCAUCGACGGAUUACUUCUUGCCCUUGGAUCGCCCAUUGCGAGCUCUGAAAUGCAUACAGCAAGGAAAGCCGGUUGAGCGUGGCUCUAUCCAAUGCCAAUUCCUGAUGAAACCUUUCGACGAAUGUCGUCGACUUGGCCUGACACCACAAUGGGAGGCAGCAGUUCGAAAGCAGUUCCCCAAGGAAACCAAUAUGUUAGUCGCCGAGAUUGUACUGCCAGAGGGACCUUCGCAUAACAACAUUGAGGAAGGCGAUGUUCUGCUCAAGGUCAACGGAGAGUUACUUACUCAGUUCAUUCGCUUGGACGAUAUCCUCGACUCGAGUGUUGGAAGGAGUGUUCGCUUGACCCUACAAAGAGGAGGCGAAGAUAUCGAGGUUGAGGUCCCGGUGGGCGAUCUUCACAAAAUCACACCUGAUCGCUUCGUGUCUGUCGCGGGGGCGAGCUUCCAUAGUCUGUCGUACCAACAGGCGCGCCUAUACGGCAUCGCAUGCAAAGGUGUCUUUGUUUGCGAGUCUACUGGGUCUUUUCGUUUCGAAUCGGCAGAUAACGGCUGGAUGAUUCAAAGCGUUGACCAGAAGAAGACGCCCGACCUUGACACCUUCAUCGAGGUUAUGAAGCAUAUUCCUGACAAGAAGCGAGUUGUGGUUACCUACAAGCACCUACGAGAUCUCCACACACUCAACACCUCAAUCAUCAAUGUCGAUAGACAUUGGUCAACCAAGAUGCGCCUUGCCGUGAGAAACGACACGAGUGGCCUCUGGGAUUUUAAAGACCUAGCCGAUGCUCUACCCCCGAUCCCGCCAGUUCGGAGAAAGGGCGCUUUUAUUCAUCUUGAAAACACCUCCCACCCUGCUGUUGCCGACUUGGUUCGAAGCUUUGUGCAUGUAAGCUGCACCAUGCCCGUAAAGUUGGAUGGUUUCCCUAGAAAUCGGAAGUGGGGGAUGGGCCUCGUUAUCGAUGCUGAACAGGGGCUGGUGGUGAUUUCGCGAGCAAUCGUGCCUUACGAUCUGUGUGAUAUCUGGAUCACCAUUGCUGACUCUAUUGUCGUUGAAGGCAAGGUCGUCUUCCUGCAUCCCUUACAGAACUACGCCAUUGUUAAAUACGACCCCUCGCUCGUAGACGCCCCCGUGCUGGGUGCCAAACUUGGAAACGAAACCAUUACGCAAGGCGCCUCAACUACGUUCAUCGGCUACAACAGGAGCGGAAGGAUAGUGCAUGCCGCAACAACCGUGACAGAGAUGACGGCUGUUGCUAUUCCCGCCAACUCGGGAGCGCCAAGAUAUCGUGCCACUAAUGUUGAUGCCAUUACAGUGGAUACGAGUCUUAGUGGGCAAUGCGGAAGCGGAGUGCUCGUUGAUAAGAGCGGCACCGUACAGGCUCUCUGGCUUACAUACCUCGGAGAGAGAUCGCCUCACGGCUCCCGGGACGAGGAGUAUCACCUGGGUCUGGCUACGCCAACCUUGCUGCCCGUCGUUGCCCAGAUUCGGAAUGGGCAAGUGCCCAAGUUGAGAAUGCUUUCAAUGGAGUUCAGGUCUAUCCACAUGUCUCAGGCUCGGGUCAUGGGAGUAUCGGAGGAAAUGAUAUCCAGAGUCUCAGAGGUCAACAAAUACAACCACCAGCUCUUCAUGGUCUCCAAACGGACCUUUGAGCGGGGUGACCAGCCCCAAGUCCUUUUGGAAGGCGAUAUCAUCCUGACAUUGAACGGAAACAUGAUCACCAAAGUGUCCCAAUUCGAUGUCAUGUAUUCGCACGAAGUCUUGGACGCUGUCAUCGUCCGAGAUUGCCAACAAAUGGAACUGCAGGUGCCUACGGUCUCUGCUGACGAUAUUGAGACUGAUCGUGCCAUCUCCUUCUGCGGAGCUAUUCUGCACGCUCCUCACCAUGCUGUUCGGCAACAGAUCAGCAAACUACACAGUGAAGUAUACGUAUCCGCCCGAACUAGAGGCUCGCCGGCAUACCAGUACGGACUGGCGCCUACGAAUUUCAUCACCCAUAUCAACGGGAAGCCGACGCCGGAUCUCAACACAUUCCUUGAUGCUGUCACCAAGAUUCCCGAUAAUACUUAUUUCCGUAUCAAGGCAAUCACGUUUGACAAUGUCCCGUGGGUCAUCACGAUGAAGAAGAACGAGCAUUACUUUCCAACCAUGGAGUGGAUCAAGGACAGCUCGGAGACGUGUGGCUGGAAGAGGAUCACAUACGAGGGCGACGGCAAGCCGGUCGAAGGCGAGCCAACAGAAGGCUUGCUGCCGGUGACUGCGGAAGACAACGGUGAGAUGGACGUCCUCGAAGAGGUCUGA